UCGGCGACAAUCGCACACCGCCGUUCAUCAGUGACGCAGCACCAGCGAGCAACAGCACCAGACGACUACACGCGUACAGUAACGUUUCAUUAACAACGAUUUCGUGGUUACAAUAUUAUUUUCUAGUCGCGACGUUCGGUUUUCGUGUUAAUUUUUCUUUGUUUUUUUUUCCAUUCCAUUUCAACAUCCGCCCGGGCGUUUGAUUUUUUUCUCGUAGGACUUUUCGAUUUCAAACGCGCACGUGAUAUCGGUCUCGCGUCGAGAUUUCCGUCCGUCGUCGGGACAACAUAGACCCACCGCGGACCGCAGCAGUGCGCUCUCCGCGCACUCCAUACCGGUGGAACAUUCGCACACGUCAGCAGAGGGCGCUACGUACCCCGCCACCACUACCACCACCGCCCUACGCCAGUGCCGCCGCCACCACUAGCACCGUGAGUGUCGUCGUCGUGUCGCUUCGGAGAAGCGCGUGUUGUCGUUCUCUUCCACUUCCCCACCCUUUGACACGCGCCGCUUAGCCGUUAGAAUAACUCAUCAAAACCGCGCGCGCACACGCGCAGGCUCACAUUCUCGCGCACGCGCAACCGCACCGAAACCGGUAUGUCAGCUGUGACGGCGGCGGCGGUGGCUGUGGCGGCCCCGACGGUCGCGGACGAGCCGGACGGAUACGACGCGGCCGGCAGUCAAGAGGACGACAUGGGAGCCGCCGAACGGGAUUUGGCUGAGGACGCGCGAUGGAAGCUUAUCCAGCAGAACACGUUCACGCGAUGGGCCAACGAGCACCUUAAGACGGCCGGCAAGGCGAUUGGCAAUCUGGAAACGGACCUGGGCGACGGGCUGCGGCUGAUCGCCCUCAUCGAGGUACUCAGCGGCAAGCGACUGCCCAAGCACAACAAGCGGCCCACGUUCCGAUCGCAGAAGCUCGAGAACGUGUCCGUAGCGCUCAAGUUCCUCGACGACGAGAACAUCAAGCUGGUCAAUAUCGAUUCAUCGGAUAUCGUUGAUUGCAAGUUGAAAUUAAUUUUGGGAUUAAUAUGGACGUUGAUUUUGCACUACUCGAUAUCAAUGCCGAUGUGGGACGGCGAAUUUGGUGGCGAGCAAAUACCAAACGAAAAAGGACCGACACCAAAACAAAGAUUGUUGAACUGGAUCCAGACCAAAGUGCCGGAUAUACCGAUUUCCAAUUUCACCACCGACUGGAACGACGGAAAAGCUGUUGGCGCCCUGGUCGACGCUGUGGCUCCGGGCUUGUGUCCGGACUGGCCGGACUGGAAAUCGAACAACGCGCUUCAGAACGCGAAGGAAGCAAUGGGUUUAGCCGACGAUUGGCUCAACGUUAAACAGCUCAUCAAACCGGAAGAAUUGGUCAGUCCCAACAUGGACGAACAGUCCAUGAUGACAUACCUGUCUCAAUAUCCGAACGCUAAAUUGAAACAAGGAGCGCCCGUCAGACCGAAAACUAACCCCAGCCGAGUUCGAGUUUAUGGUCCUGGUAUCGAACCUUCCGGACCGUCAGUGGGAGCUAAAACCAAUUUCACAGUCGAAACGUUUUCUGCUGGCAAAGGAACGGUUAACGUCUCCGUUGAAAAUCCCAAAGGAAAACCCGAACCGGUCGAUCUUGUUUUCAACAACGAUCGAAGUCAAACAUACACAGCUUCUUACAAGCCGAUCAUCGAAGGACCGCACAAGGUGCAUGUAAACUUUUCCGGCGUACCGACUCCGAAAUCUCCGUACCACGUCAACGUGGACGCAUCGGCUGGCGAUCCGAACAAAGUCAAGGUGUUUGGACCCGGUAUACAGCCCGAAGGCGUGUUCGUCAACAAGCCAACCUAUUUUGAAAUCCACACAAAAGACGCCGGUAAAGGAGUUCCGGAGGUGAUCAUUCUCGACCCGGCUGGUCGGGAGAACACGAUACCGGUAAAACUCAGAAAAGAACCCAACGGAGUGUACAUCUGCGACUAUACCCCGAUCGUACAGGGAGUGCAUUCUGUUAAUGUUUUCUUCGCAAACCAGCCAGUUCCCCUCAGCCCGUUCGCUGUCGGUAUUGCAAACGCAUCUGAUGCCAAACGCGUAAAAGCAUUCGGUCGAGGACUGCAACCACAUGGAGUUAGAGUUCAGGACGAGGCAAAGUUCAAAAUAUUUACAGAAGGAGCGGGCGAAGGAGUUCCUGAUGUGAACAUUAUCGGACCGGGAGGAGUGAAGGAACCUGUCAAGAUGAUAAAACUCGAUGCAAACACGUAUGAAGUGACCUAUUAUCCAAGGAAAGUGGGUCGUCACGUGGUCAUGAUAACGUUCGCCGGACAAGAAAUCCCAAAAGCUCCGUUCGAAGUUCACGUCGCUCCGUUCAAGGAGACCCUGAUUCGUGCUUACGGUCCCGGUCUCACCGGGGGAGUGGUUUCACAUCCUGCUAUGUUUACAGUCGAGACGAACGGAGAAACCGGUUCGCUGGGAUUCAGCAUCGAAGGUCCGUCGAAAGCCAAAAUCGACUGCCAAGAUAAUGGAGACGGUUCGGCCGACGUCCGGUACUAUCCCAUGGCGCCCGGAGAAUAUGCCGUGCACAUUCUGUGUAAUAACGAAGACAUACCAAAGUCACCUUACAUGGCCAAUGUCGUACCCAGUACAGAUUUCUAUCCCGACAAGGUGAAUUGUUACGGCAACGGACUCCAACCGAAUGGAAUUAUACAAGGAAAACCGGCCGAAUUCGUUGCAGACACAAGAAAAGCUGGAAACGCUCCGCUUGACGUAAAAGUUUUCGACUCGAACGGUAACACCAUAGAACCGGUGCUGAAAGACAACAAGGAUGGUACGUUCGCUUGCAAAUAUGUUCCGAAAAUGGCCGGCAAACACACGUUACAGGUCAAUUACGGAGGAGUCGCGGUACCCAACAGUCCGUUCCGCGUAUUCGUGUCUCAGCCGUUGGACGCCAGCAAAGUGCAGAUAUUCGGGCCCGGAAUCGAGCCCGGCGUCAAGUCUAACAAGCCUAAUCAUUUCACCAUCGAUUGCUCCGAGGCCGGAAUCGGCGAGUUGAACGUGAACCUUGUCAAUGAGAAAGGAGUGAACGUGCCACUGCAAGUCAACGACAACGAAGAUGGUUCAUUCCUCAUAGACUACGUGCCGACCGUCCCGGGCGUGCACAAUUUGAAUUGUACCUACGGAGGCGUUAAGGUGCCCCAGAGCCCGAUCAAGAUUAAUGUACAGUCACCGGUGGACCUGACCAAAGUCAAAGUUGACGGUCUCGAAACGCUGGCGCCGGUCAACAGCCUGCAGCAGUUUCGGGUGAUGACGCGGGACGCCGGACGUGCGGAGUUCGCGGUGGUCAUCACCGGGCCGUCGGGUGGCUCGGUGGCCGCGCAAGUGGUGCCCGUGGCCGAUGGCUACGUGGUGAACUUCACGCCCACCGAGCUGGGCGAGUACCGGCUAAGCGUGACGCUGGGCGGCCAGACGGUGAACCGGCCCGGCGGCGGCCCGUUCCGGAUGACGUGCACGCAGGCCAGCGACCCGAGUAAGGUGACGGUGCGCGGGCCCGGCCUAUCCGGCGGCUCAGUCAACCGGCCGGCCGAGUUCACGAUCGACACGAAGAAGGCGGGCCAGGGCGGCCUGGGCGUGACCGUCGAGGGCCCGUGCGAGGCGGCCAUUAACUGCCGCGACAACGGUGACGGCACAUGUUCGGUCGCGUACAUGCCCAAGGAGGCCGGCGACUACGUCAUCAACAUCACGUUCAACGACCGUCCGAUCCCCGGUUCGCCGUUCAAUGCACUCAUCGGGAUCGCCGACGGUGCCAGAUCGUCCAACGUCAAGGCGUCCGGCAACGGUCUACAGGCCAACGGUGUUUUCUUAAACUCGCCGACCGACUUCGUCGUGGAUUCGCGAGCCGUUGCCAAGUACGGCCAAGGGGUGAUCACGUGCACAGUGACCAAUCCGACUGGUAGCCGAACAGAGACCUUUAUAACGCCUCAAAGCGAUGGCACGUUCAAAAUAAGCUAUACCCCAUUCGAAGAAGGACCGCACACUAUUGAUAUUUACUACGACGGCGUAUCGAUUGUCGGCUCACCGUUCUCCGUAAACGUCAAACGAGGAACAGACGCGAGCAAGUGCAGAGCAUUCGGUCCGGGUUUGAACAAAGGCAUUAUCAACAAGCUAAACGUGUUCACCGUGGAAACGAAAGGUGCCGGAACCGGGAGCUUAGGUUUAGCUAUCGAAGGACCGUCGGAGGCGAAGAUGACGUGCAAAGACAACCGCGACGGUUCGUGUUCCGUCGAGUACACGCCUACGGAAUCCGGCGAGUACGACGUGAGCAUUCAAUUUGCAGAAAAACAUAUUCCCGGAUCACCAUUUAAGGUGGUAGUCGAUCGCCCAGCUACUGCGGACAAUAUCAAAGUGAGCGGCCCUGGUAUCAACCCAAAGUAUUGCAGAGCCAACACACCAAUAACGUUUAAAGUGGACGCUACCCAGUCUGCCAAAGGCAAUUUAGACGUCAAAAUGUCGACCGACAGAGGACCGAUACAACAGAAACCGAUUAUCCGUGACAACGAAGACGGUACGUACGACGUCACUUACACUCCUAAUCCAGAAGGCGCUCUUCUUACAGCCAAUGUAUUGUACAAUGGACAACCAGUGCCAAACAGCCCGUUCAAACUCAAAGUUAGGCCGAAAUUUGAAUUGGAUAAAAUAAAGAUCGAAGGGCCCGGCGUGUCAGACUCACGCGGAGUUAAAGCUUCGGUUCCCACGUAUUUCGUUGUAGACGCUACUGAUGCGGGUUCUGGAAAGUUGGACUUGAGAAUUAUGGGACCGGACGGCUAUCCGAGACCGGUGGAAAUCGAAAAAAACGAACCGAAUCUGUAUAAAAUAAAAUAUACUCCAGAUGAUUGUGGCAGGUAUACAAUCGAUGCGUUAUACGAUGGCAAAGAACUACCGCAGUCGCCGAUUUACGUGCAAUCAUUCUCCACCGGAAAUGCCACUAGAGCUGCGGAAGAGACAGUCGCGACCAGACGGUUGCCCAGAGAUUUUGCGGAGCAACUGCGUAUCGACGAGUACACGCAACAGCUGCAACAGCAGACGUCGUCGACGACCACAACCUCCACCGAGUACAGACCAAUAGCGUUGGACAAGAUACCAGUACCCUCGAGCGGUGGACAUUUAACGGCUGAAAUUACAAUGCCAAGCGGUAAACGUGAUCUACCGUCCAUCGAGGACAACCAUGAUGGCACGGUCUCACUUAAAUACGGCCCCAAGGAAGAAGGCUUACACGAGUUAUUCGUUAAGUACAACGGAGAGAAUGUCCAAGGUUCACCGUUUAAAUUCCAUGUCGACUCGAUCACUAGCGGACACAUCACGGCUUACGGUCCUGGCCUCACGCACGGCGUCAGCGGAGAACCGUCCGACUUCACUAUAUACACCAAAGGAGCCGGAGCCGGUGGCCUUUCGUUAGCCGUGGAAGGACCCAGCAAGGCGGAGAUCAGCUGCCACGACAACAAGGACGGUACCAUUUCGGUUACAUAUUUACCGACAGCACCCGGCGAGUACAGGAUUUCGGUGAAGUUCGGCGACAAGCACAUCAAAGGAAGCCCGUAUAAUUCAAAAGUCACAGGCGAGGGCAGGAAGAGAAAUCAAAUAUCCGUAGGCUCAUGCAGUGAGGUGUCACUGCCUGGCAAGGUACUCGAUAAAGACUUUCGACUGUUGAACGCUUCGAUUCAAGCGCCAAGUGGUUUGGAAGAACCCUGCUUCUUGAAACGUCUGCCCAACGGCAACCUGGGUAUAUCGUUCACGCCCAGAGAAAUCGGCCAACACGUGGUGUCCGUGAAGAAGAUGGGACAGCACAUCGUCAACUCGCCGUUUAAAAUAACCGUCGGUGAAAGAGAAGUCGGUGACGCGAAAAAGGUCAAAGUCACUGGAAACGGGUUGAAAGAGGGCAAAACGCAAGUCGAAAAUCUGUUUACAGUGGACACAAGAAGUGCUGGAUACGGUGGACUAUCACUUUCCAUCGAGGGUCCGAGUAAAGCAGAGAUUCAAUGCAAGGACAACGAAGAUGGCACGUUGAACAUCUCGUACAGGCCCACGGAACCAGGAUACUACAUAGUGAACCUAAAGUUCGCCGACCACCACGUCGACGGGUCCCCUUUUACCGUUAAAGUGACAGGCGAAGGAAGCAACUGUCAGCGCGAAAAAAUUGAGCGUAAACGUGAAGCCGUUCCUCUAACUGAGGUUGGCAGUAACUGCAAGCUCACGUUCAAGAUGCCAGGCGUGCUACCGUACGACCUGUCGGCGACGGUGACUUCGCCCGGCAGUAUCACGGAGGAUGCCGAGAUCAACGAAAUCGAAGACGGUCUCUACGCAGUGCACUUCGUGCCCAAGGAAUUGGGCGUGCACACCGUAUCGGUACGAUACAAUGAGGUCCACAUACCCGGUUCGCCGUUCCAGUUCACCGUCGGUCCGUUGAACGAUGGAGGCGCUCAUCGCGUGCACGCUGGUGGUUCCGGUCUCGAACGCGGGGAACAAGGGCAACCGUGCGAGUUCAACGUAUGGACAAGGGAGGCCGGUCCGGGCUCAUUGGCCAUAUCAGUGGAAGGGCCCAGUAAGGCGGAGAUCGAUUUUAAAGACCGCAAAGACGGCUCGUGUUACGUCAGCUACGUGGUGAACGAACCAGGAGAAUACCGCAUUGGUAUCAAGUUCAACGACCAGCACAUACCCGAUUCACCGUACAAACUUUUCAUGUCACCAGCUAUGGGCGACGCGCACAAGCUUGAAAUAGCACAAUUCCCGACGUCCGGAGUUCAGGCUGACUACCCGGCGCAGUUCAUGGUCCGUAAAAAUGGUGCUGUUGGUCAACUAGAUGCAAAGGUGGUGUCUCCGUCCGGUACGGAAGACGACUGUUUCAUUCAGUCCAUUGAUCAAGAUAUGUACUCGGUUCGUUUCAUGCCUCGUGAUAAUGGCGUGCACAAUAUUCAUGUCAAGUUCAAUGGGGUCCAUAUUCCAGGAUCACCUUAUCGUCUUAAGGUGGGCAAAGGAGACGCCGAUCCGGCUGCCGUGCAUGCCACCGGUAGUGGUUUGGGAGACGUUAAAACAGGACACAAGACAGACUUCAUUGUGGAUACGUGCAAUGCAGGUGCGGGUACGUUGGCAGUGACUAUCGACGGUCCCAGUAAGGUCUCCAUGGAUUGUACCGAAGUAGAAGAAGGCUAUAAGGUCAGGUACACGCCACUGGUGCCAGGCGAAUAUUACAUCAGUUUGAAAUACAACAGUUAUCAUAUCGUCGGUUCGCCGUUCAAAGUUGUAUGUACUGGUGAGGAUUUGGCCGAACGCGGUCCACAAGAAACGAGCUCGGUGGUCGUGGAAACUGUACACAAAGUGUCAAAGAGCCAUAAGGGCGGAUCUGGUGUUGUUUUACCGCAUUUCAAGUCGAACGCUUCUCUUGUCACCAGCAAGGGAAUGGGCCUCAAAAAAGCGUAUAUAGGAAAGCAAAAUUUGUUCAGCAUAAGUGCAGGCGAUGCCGGUAAUAACAUAUUGUUCGUUGGCAUUUAUGGACCGAAGGGACCGUGUGAGGAGAUAUUCAUCAAGCACAUGAAACAGAACAAUUACCAAGUAAGCUACAUCGUCCGGGAACGUGGCGAGUACAUCUUGUUGGUCAAGUGGGGCGAUGAUCAUAUACCCGGAUCACCAUUCAAAAUCGAAGCCUAAAUCUGUAAAAACGAAUGAAAUUGGCAAAAAUACAUCGGAUCUAAUAAAUGUAUGGUGACAGGGGGUCUACUAUCAUUAGCAAAAUUAAAAAACAAAAAAUAAAUAAAUAAAAAAAAAA